AUGAAGGGCGUGGGGAGCGACGGUGCUUGGCAAGUUGGCAAGGAGGAGACGUGGGAUACCGCAUGGGAGACGAAGGACGAGUGCGAGUCGAUGUGGUAUACCAAAGAGGAGCCAACAUGUGAACAGCUUGAACAUCAGACUUGGGAUGCCGCGUGGGAGACAAAGGAAGAGUGCGAGUCGAUGUGGUAUGCAAAAGAGGAGCCAAAAUGUGACGAGCUUGAACAUCGAGCAAAUGAAAGCCGGGUGCCGGGCGAGCAGAUGUGGGAUGCCAACGAGGAGCCAGAGGGCGAAGUGCCUGAGCAUCACGACUGGGAUGAAAGGGCUGCGCAGCCUGUCAUGCCUAAAGUUGAACUCGGUAGUGGCGGGCCCACCUCCACAAAGACGGAGUGCAGCUGGGGCCCUGACGUUGGAUGGAGGGUUGCAGAGGUGUCCGGCCUGCUUGUUGCAAUGCCUGAGGCAGCGCUUUCAAGCUCUAAUAUGACCUUUGAAGGCCAGCACCCGAAGACUGCAGUCUCAGACUUUUUGAAGCGCUACUGUGGCAGGAGCAUCUGCAAGGACGAUUUUUAUUUCACAUGUGAACAUCACGGCGAGGGCUUCGUUGCAACGUUGAAGGCCCCUUGCUUCAACGCCGAGGCAUACACUGGAUCCGCGAACCCGACUGCGAAAGGCGCGGAAGCAUCUGCUGCCGAACGAUUCCUGCAGGAUCCUGACGUCUUGCAUGCAGCUGCCAAUCCUCCGGAAUCCAUGCGAAGCAUCAAGAGGCAAAUGAAGAGUGACCCUGUCGUGGCAAAGCGCCACAAGCAGCAGGGCAGGUUUCACCAGCUUCGGCACGAAAGGUACAACCGUCAGGCAGACGAUGGCUGCCGGAAUGCUAUCUGGGAUGGCAGAGCUUGA